UCUUUCUAGAUUUUUACACUAAAUAUCUGGUUCAUCCAUCUCCGGCACCGUACGGCAGCUCACUGUAAUAUAUAUAUAUAUAUAUAUAAAUGGAGAUGGAAGGCGCAUCUGGAAGCCAUAACAGAAGUUACAGAUUUGCAGAAGGAGAAGAAGGUGAGAAUACUAAGGAGCAUAUGUAUCAUGUGAUUCACAAGGUUCCUUGCGGCGAUGGUCCUUAUGUCCGAGCUAAGCAUGCUCAGUUAGUGGAGAAGGAUCCGGAAGCAGCAAUAGUGUGGUUUUGGAAAGCCAUUAAUGCCGGCGAUAAAGUCGAGAGUGCUCUAAAAGACAUGGCGGUGGUGAUGAAGCAGGUCGAUCGUAGCGAGGAAGCCAUUGAAGCCAUCAAAUCCUUCCGAAAUCGCUGCCCCUCACAGGCUCAGGACUCUCUCGAUAAUGUCCUUCUCGAUCUAUACAAGAAAUGCGGGAAAAUGGAAGAACAGAUAGCGUUGCUGAAGCAGAAGCUGCGACAGAUAUACGAAGGGAAGACGUUCCACGGCAGGCCAACCAAAACCGCCCGCUCCCAUGGCAAGAAGUUUCAGGUUUCCGUUAAGCAAGAGACCGCCAGAAUACUGGGUAGUUUGAGCUGGGCCUACAUGCAGAUGUCGAAUUUCAUGGCAGCGGAAGUGAUAUACCGCAAGGCCCAAAUGAUCGACGCUGAUAGCAACAAAGCCUGUAAUCUGGUGUACUGUUUAAUUAAACAAUCCCGGUAUGAUGAGGCCCGUUCAGUGCUUGAACAGGUUUCCUCCGGUGGCUACCCGGGUUGGGAAGAUCCAAAGAUUAAAAUCCGGGUCGAGAGUUUGAUGACCCAAUUGGAUGCCGUGCAGCCUCCAUGCUUCUUAUUGCAGGAUGAUCUCCCCCCAGGCAUCGACUUAGAAGAUGAUUUCGUUAAUGGGCUCGAUCGCCUCAUCGCUGAGUGGGGUCCACCGAGAUCCAAAAGGCUGCCCAUAUUUCAACAGCUCACUCCAUUUACAGAUGAUGAGGUGAGUGAGAGAGAGAGUCCCGAUGUUGAUAUUGAUAAAUCAUAAUAAUUUGAGGUGAUUAUGGAAGCUAUUUAAACUUGAUUAUACUUAAAUAGACCUGAGGUUGAUUUUUAUCGAGUUGGUUGUGAUCCUAUCUGAAUCCUGAAUUUGUCUUAAUUAAGUACUUAAGUUGAAGGU